UAUUCUAAAAGAUCCAUGAUUUUGAAUGUGCAGGAUCUCCAACUAUGGCAAUCUGGCUCUCCCAUGUUGGCACUUUUCGGUGUACUGGCGUUCUCGGGAUCUUUCUCGUUGGGCAUGGGAGCAAUUCCUUGGGUCAUAAUGUCAGAGAUAUUUCCUAUAAACAUGAAGGGUUUGGCAGGGAGCUUAGUUACUUUAGUGAGUUGGGUAGGUUCUUGGAUUGUCUCCUACAGUUUCAACUUUCUUUUGAAUUGGAGCUCUACAGGUAUCUUUUUCAUAUUCUCAACCGUAUGUGGCUUCACAGUUUUGUUUGUUGCCAAGUUUGUACCUGAAACAAAGGGUAGAACUUUGGAAGAAAUUCAAGCUGCAAUGAACCCUUUAUCCACCAAAAAUUGAACUUUUGUUGGUUCACUCAAGUAAUCAAAUAAGCCAUCAUUGUAUUUCUUAGCGGAUGUUCCUUUCGAAUAAUAAUUCGUGUUGUAAUGAUAUGUAAGUGUUAUAUGAUUCAUUGUCUAGUCUUAUGCUUUA